AUGGCUCGUUCAGUGCGUGAGAUCGUCCACCUUCAAACUGGUCAAUGUGGUAACCAAAUCGGUGCCAAGUUCUGGGAGGUUGUCUCCGAGGAGCACGGUAUCCAAGCCGAUGGUUCUUACAAAGGUACCACUGAUAUCCAACUUGAACGAAUCAACGUCUACUACAAUGAGGCUGCUGCCGGCAAAUACGUUCCCCGAGCCGUCCUCAUUGAUUUGGAGCCUGGAACUAUGGACUCUAUCAGAGGUGGUCCUUUAGGUAGCUUGUUCAGACCAGACAACUUCGUCUUUGGUCAAAGCGGUGCUGGUAACAAUUGGGCUAAGGGUCAUUACACCGAGGGUGCCGAGCUCGUAGACUCUGUUCUCGAUGUGGUUCGACGAGAGGCCGAAGGCUGUGACUGUCUUCAAGGUUUCCAAAUCACCCACUCCCUUGGUGGUGGUACCGGUGCUGGUAUGGGUACUCUCUUGAUCUCCAAGAUCCGAGAGGAGUUCCCCGACCGAAUGAUGUGUACCUUCUCCGUCGUUCCUUCUCCUAAGGUCUCUGAUACCGUUGUUGAACCUUACAACGCUACUCUUUCCGUCCACCAACUUGUUGAGAACUCAGACGAAACCUUCUGUAUCGACAAUGAAGCCCUUUACGAUAUCUGCAUGCGAACCCUCAAGCUCUCCACCCCUACUUACGGUGACUUGAACCACCUUGUUUCCGUUGUCAUGUCCGGUAUCACCACUUGUCUUCGAUUCCCCGGUCAACUUAACUCUGAUUUACGAAAACUUGCCGUUAACAUGGUUCCUUUCCCUCGUCUCCAUUUCUUCAUGGUUGGUUUCGCUCCUCUUACCGCUCGAGGUUCCGCCAGUUACCGAGCUGUCACCGUUCCCGAGCUCACUCAACAAAUGUUCGACGCCAAGAACAUGAUGGCUGCUUCUGACCCUCGACACGGUCGAUACCUCACCGUUGCCUGUUACUACCGAGGUAAAGUCUCCAUGAAGGAGGUUGAGGACCAAAUCCAACUCGUCCAGACCAAGAACUCCGCUUACUUCGUCGAGUGGAUUCCUGGAAACAUCUCUGCUGCUCAAUGUGAUAUCCCUCCUCGAGGUCUCAAGAUGUCUUCCACCUUCAUCUGUAACUCCACUUCCAUUCAAUCGCUCUUCAAGCGAAUUGGAGAGCAAUUCUCAGCGAUGUACCGACGAAAGGCUUUCGUUCAUUGGUACACUGGAGAAGGUAUGGACGAGCUCGAAUUCUCCGAAGCCGAAUCCAACUUGCAAGAUCUCGUCUCCGAGUACAUGCAAUACCAGGAAGCUGGUACAGAUGACGAGAUCUACGGUGAUGAAGAAAUCCCUCUCGAGGAAGAAGAGGCAUAA